UUGCCAUGUGCCCACCCAGGCAAGGCUCCUGUGCCUUUAAGGUGGGCUGCUUCCAGGGGUCAAGAGGGGCUCCGUGGUCUUUCAAGGCACAGGCGCCUGGCACAGGGACACCCGUGGACUUGGGGGCUUGGCAGGGCCUCUGCCUGUCUAUAUCUAUCUAUCUAUCUAUCUAUCUAUCUAUCUAUCUAUCUAUCUAUCUAUCUAUCUAUCUAUCUGUCAUACAUGUCAGAUAGAGAAGAUGGCAAACCGAUAAGAUAGACAGACAGAUAGAUGACAGGUAAGAUAAAUAAACCGAUAGGCAAGAUGAUCACUAGAAUAGGAUCUGUGUCUUCCUUGUCACUUGCCUAUCCACCCACCUAUAAAUCUGAUCUAUCUCUCUAUUCAUCAUCUUCUCGCUCUCUCUCUCUCUUCUCCAUCCUUUUUCUCUCAUCUGUUGGGUGACCCUUCACCUGUUGCUGGAUUCCCGCUCCCAGCAUCCCCGGUGGCGAGGACUGCUGGGGUUGUUGCCCCACAACAGCCUUGGCAAGGAAGGGUUAUCUGAUCCCAGGUUUUCUGCUUUAAACUGGAUUAUAUGAGUCUGCACUUCCAGAUAAUCUGGGAUAAACAGAAAACCAGGGUUAAGAUCCUGGGAUAUAGGGCCCACUUUCAGGGCCCUUCCACACAGCCAUACAAUCCAUAAUAUCACGGCAGAUAAUCCCACAAUAUCUGCUUUGAAGUGGGUUAUCUGACUCCACACUGCCAUAUGUUUCAGUUCUAAGCAAAAAAUGUGGGAUUUUAUUCAACUGGCAAAGGCACCUCUGAAGAAAUCUGGCCAAGCAAAAUAGGACUGAAUGUACUUGAAGACACACAAGUGGGGUCUUUGCGCCGGGCCCUGCCAGCGCCCAUGCCCGGCUCGCCAGGCCGCCAUGGCAACGCCAGGCUGCGGCUGAUUUGCAUGCUUUGCCCAGCACAUUGUGGGCAGCAUUUGCAUACCAUUUGCAUGAAGGAGCCGGACAGGGCAGGCUUGCGCUGGAAUAUUGUGCCUGGGGGGGGGGGGGGGAUGCAGAUGCUUUCUGGCUUCCUGGCAUUCAUUCUUUAGAGUUGUUAUUAUUAUUAUUAUUAUUAUUAUUAUUAUUAUUAUUAUUAUUAUUAUAUUUUGCAUGACAGUUCUUCAUCCACUCCUGCCCUUUCUUGUGAUAGCAUGCCAACUUUCUUGCUGUGGGGGACUAAUGCCAAGGUGUCCUAGGCUGUAACUAUUCCAGCUCUUGGCAGGUCUGAAGGGUGCCAAGGUGCUGCUGUCUUGUGCCUCUGGGCCAGUUGGGUUCCUUUGCGCCACAAUGGUCUUUCUUACGUUCCAGGUGCCUUCCAAGGGGGCCAAUGCCAGCCUGCGCAUGGGCUCAGCACCCUGGAGAGGGCCUCUGGUGCCAGCCCAUGCCCACAAUGGCUUCUCCAUCCCACUUGGCACGGGAGGUGUCUGGGCUGCACAGAUCUUUCCCAAGAAGCAGGGCACGCUGGGAAGAAGAGGCGGCAUUUGCAUCCCACCCGGGUGCCAGGCCCCCAUUUGCAUCAUCCGCAUGCAAAUGGCCAUCUUGGCAAGCUGGCCUUGACCUCUUCUUCCUUUUUCUGUCAGGUAUGGAGCUGCGGAGGGGGUCUCUUCAGGCGGCACCAGGGCUGCCCAGGAAGCAGGUACAGUGCCGCCCCAAGCAGCCCACCGACUGACUGACUGAAUGCCCGCACCGGUUGGCACGGCUUCAAGGAGAAGCUCCUCUGGCAGAGCAACAUGGCCGGGGCUGCGGGGCCUCUUCCUCAGGAGCCACUCACCUUUGAGGACGUGGCCAUUGCCUUUGCCCCCAAGGAGUGGGCGCAGCUGGUGGGUUGGCAGAAGGCGCUCUACCACGAGGUGAUGCGGGACAACUACGAGACCCUCCGCUCUUUAGAGCUCGUGGAGCACAAGCCGGAGAUCCUCCUGCGGAUGGAGCGGGGAGAGGCGCCCUGGGCCGGCGGAGGCCAGGAGGCCAAGGGCAGCGAGGCCUCGACCCCAGACUGCCUGGGGCUGGCCCAGGUCCAGAUCAAGACGGAAUCCAACCUGGAAGAAAACCCCGCUGGACUGCCAUGCCAUGCUGGAGACCAGAAGGCUUCGAAGGGCAGCAGGGAGGGUGGCACCCUUGGCACGUUGUCCCCUUGGCCUGAGCUCAAUGCCGGCGGAGUGCCUGCCUUGGGGCAAUGGCCAAGCCAGCUCUGGUGGCCCAACGGUGCCAUGGUGGGCAGGCAAGCGGCCCCGGUGACCUUCCAAGCCAGGAGUGCCUUCUGGCCCACCGAGAGCGCCCCAGAGGAGAUGCGUCUGAUUUGCACCCGCUGCCAGAAAUGCUUCCCUGCCCGUCCUGCGGGGGUGGAGGGUGCUGCACAGCUCUGCCCCAAGUGUGAAAGGGGCCCCACGAAGGCUCCACCCUGUUCCUGUGCCCACUGCUUGCCACCCCGGCCGAGACCCCCCAGGGAGGAGCGGCCCUACAAGUGUGCCAAGUGCGAGCGCGGCUUCCGCUUUGUGCACGAAUACACCUGGCACCAGAAGGUCCACGCCGGGGAGAAGAGCUACAAGUGCGGGGCCUGCCAGAAGGUCUUCCGCCACAAGCAGGAGCUGAGCUGGCACCAGCGGGCGCACGCGGCCGAGUGGCCCCACCAGUGUGCCGCCUGCCAGAAGCACUUCCGCUUCAAGCAGGAGCUGGCCUGGCACCUUAAGAGCCACGCGGCCGAGCGGCCCUACAAGUGCCCCGAGUGCGAGAAGAGCUUCCGCUUCAAACAGGAGUUCAUGUGGCACCAGCGGGCACACGUGGGCGACCAGCCCUACAAGUGUCCCGAGUGCGAGAAGAGCUUCCGCUUCAAGCAGGAGUUCACCUGGCACCAGCGCAGCCACGCGGGAGAGAAGAGCUACAAGUGCCCCGGCUGCGACAAGAGCUUCCGCUACAAGCAGGAGUUUGUGUGGCACCAGCGCAUCCACACCGGGGAGCAGCCCUACCCGUGCGCCUCCUGCAGCGCCACCUUCACCUGCCGCCAGGAGUACAUGCGCCACCAGCGCCUCCACGACGGCGAGAAGCCCUACCAGUGUCCCCACUGCGAGAAGACCUUCCGCCGGGGCUCCACCCUCAUCCGCCACCGCCGCCUCCAUGCGGGCGAGGGGCCCCUCAAGUGCGCCCACUGCGAGCGCACCUUUGGCCAGAGCACCCACCUCGCCAAGCACCAGCGGAUGCACGCGCUGAAGGGCAGCUCCGGGGAGGGGGCCAUGGCGGCCGUGUGGGGCCCCUGUUUGCCAGCGUCGGGGGCAGCGCUCCCCCCGGAAGGCAUGAACAUCCUGAGCUUGAAGACCGUCUCGGUGGGCGCCCUGCUCUUGCUCAACCUCCAGGACCCAAAAGUGGGCAAAGGGCCGACUGGCACUGCCUGGCAAGCGCCGAUGUAAAUCCAAACUGGGAGCUGGAGGGUGGUUGGCAGAGUGGCACAAAUUCAGUCAUGUGGGCAGUUGGUUUCUCCCCUGGCAGGACCAUGCCAGUCUUUGGCAAGAGUGGGGACCUGGCACUGUCCCAUGUUUUGAUGCCAGGCAGUUAGAGAGAGCGGGACAGCUUAGUUCCACCGACUUUUGCCUGGGUUUGUGCCACAGGUGGGCACUGGUAGGGUCUUCCAGAGUGGGGCGGGUAUAAACCAGCCUCAUUCUUCAUCCUGGGUUCCUAUACCAGCAGCGGGUUCAACUAGAUGGCCCAUGGUGCCCCUUCCAAUACCAUGUUGAAUCCAGAAGCCCUUUGGUUUCCUGCAUUUCCGUGACAUUUCUCCGGGUUGCCAUCUUCCUAUAUAUUCUCCUUGUGUCAUGAAAUAUGCAAUGCUUUUUAAUGUCAGCGGAGCAACAACAACAACAAGAUACAGACUUUCUCAAGCUCAUCUCUCUUUGGAGCUGGAGAGCCAGCCUUGAGCUCUCCAUGGUGCUGAAGCCUAGCCAUUCCCUAGGACUCAGCCCUUCCUGCACCUCUGGGCCAGGAAUUGGCCACUCUGCAGACAUGCACUUGGGCCAAAGACAAGGCGGUGAUUUCCCACUUCUGAUGUAACUGUAUCCGCAAGCGGCCCAGGCAGAGAACUGCAUUUUCUGGUUUUCUUAUUCGCCUGUUAAAGUGCCUAGGGCAGUCCUGAGACCUGUAUUCAUAUUUUGCAAAUAUAUAUCUAUAUAUCUCUAUAUUAAAAAAACACCUGCACAUGC